AUGUCUAGGAUUGGUCUGGAUACGAGAAGUGUUUUCAAGCACUUCAACUCGUUUAUGCAUACAAGGAAAAAUCCAAAAGGCGAGCUUGUUCCUUUUGAUCCUGAACUUCUGAAAACAAUUCGAAGCAAAAACAAGUUGAAGGAAGCAAGCUCGUCUUCACCAAAAGAAGAAGAAGAAGUGUACGACAUCUCAUCACUCUUUCAAGAGCAAGUUUCAACGCCAACACCUCCACCAAUGGCUCUCACCAUUAGGCAACUUUCAACUUCUGUGAUUCCACCAGGUGGUGUCCCCACUUGUAUAACCUACCCUGAUGCAGUUGAAGGAGCAACAGCUGACUUUGAGUUGAACAUGAAGCCACAAGGAGCUGAUGAGCAAAUCUUGAAGUUGAAAGCCUUCCCAUUUUCGUUGGCUGACAAGGCAAAGCAAUGGCUUUAUGAGUUGCCAAGUGGACGCAUCACAUCUUGGGCAGACAUGAUGAAAGCAUUUUUGGAAAAAUAUUUCCCUACAUCUCGGAUCAUCAUGCUUAGGAAGAAGAUAAGUGGAAUUCAACAAGGGCAAGAUGAGUCCUAUGCAGAGUAUUAUGAAAGAGAUAUGCUCGAUGCAGCUUCAGGAGGAUCAUUUGUUGACAAGGAACCUGCAGCUGGAAUGAUCUUAAUUGAGAAUAGGGCCCUGAAUCAACAACAAUAUGGCGGUUCCAAGUCCACCCAUACACGUGAAAAAGUUAAUGAGGGAAUGAAGGGACAAGUUAUGAACCAAAAUCAAAUGCAAAAUCAAACCAACAAUUUGAUGCAAGGUCAGAAUCUCAUGCAAAAGAGGAUGGACGCAAUGGAGAAACAGCUUGGUCACGUGGUUGAUUUUAUGACAAAAGGCCCUGAAGGUGGUAAGCUGCCAAGUAAUACUAUUCCAAAUCCAAAGGGGGGCUUUGAAUCUGCCAAUGCCAUCACCACUAGAAGUGGAAGGAUCAUCAAUGACGUCCCCAAGGCACAAAUGCACACCACCGUGCACAUUGAUGAAGAACAGGAAACACCAAUUUCGAAGAGGAAGGAAAACAAUGGCCCAGCGACUUCCAGGAUUGAAACUGACUUAGCAAUCCCAGACCCUGCUACGUCCAGGAUUGAAGGCUCAUUGCAAUCCCCAACAAAACCAGAAACCAAAGGUAAAGUGUCUAACUCUUCAAUUCCGGUUAAUACUAAUGCUUUCCUUUCUCCUAUGCCUUUUCCUCGCAGAUUUGCUAAGUCCAAACAAGAAGAAAGCGACAUGGCUGUUUUGGAUACCUUUAAAAAGGUGCAAGUCAACAUUCCCCUUCUUGAAGCUAUAAAGCAAGUGCCCAAAUAUGCAAAAUUUUUGAAGGAACUUUGUACAACAAGAAGGAGAAUUCGAGAAAAGGAGGUUGUGAAGGUGAAUGAGAAUGUCUCAGCUGUUAUUCAAAGGAAACUUCCCCCAAAAUGCAAAGAUCCUGGAAGCUUCACCAUUCCUUGCGUUAUUGGUAACACUAGAUUUGAGAAUGCCAUGUUAGAUCUAGGUGCAUCUAUAAAUGUUAUGCCUUAUUCUGUUUAUGCAUCUUUAGGUCUAGGUACACUUAAAACUGAUAACGUAAUUAUUCAAUUGGCGGAUAGAUCUAAGGCCUUUCCGAAAGGAUUGUUGGAAGAUGUGCUUGUGCAGGUUAAUCACUUGAUCUUUCCCGCGGAUUUUUAUAUCUUGGACAUGGAGGAAUCCACCAUAAACCCAACGCCACUUUUGUUGGGUAGACCUUUCAUGCGGACUGUUAGGACAAAAAUUGACGUCUAUGCUGGCUCUCUAACCAUGGAAUUUGAUGGAGAUGUGAUAGGAUUCAACAUCUUUGAGGCUAUGAGGUAUCCAAUUGAAUUUGAUUCAUGUUUUUCUAUUGACAUACUUGAUACUCUUGCACAGAAGGUUUUGGAAGCAAUAAGAGAAGAUACGUUGAUCACAACCAUUGAGCAAGGCGUUGGUUACACCCAUGAUGGCGUCAUAAUUCCCAUGAAGAAACUUCAGGAAACGUUGGACCCUCAAAUAUUUGAGGACGUUUCUUCCGUUGAAACUCAUCUACGUUAUGAAGGUAAACCUCCUUCCCCUUUGUCAAUUCAGUUAUCUACUAAUAAACCUCUUCCUUCAGUGAUUCAGGCCCCUACACUUGAACUCAAACCAUUACCGGAUCAUUUGAAGUAUGUUUAUUUGGGAGAUGACAAAACAUUGCCUGUCAUAGUCUCAUCCAAGUUGACGCCAUCUCAAGAAGAAGAACUUGUUAAAGUGCUAAAGAAACACAAGACUGCAAUUGGAUGGACAUUAGCUGACAUCAAGGGAAUAAGCCCCACCACUUGUGUGCAUCGAAUUCUUCUUGAGGAGGACAGUAAAUGGGUCUCACCAGUCCAAGUUGUGCCAAAGAAAUCCGGAAUUACGGUCGUGAAGAAUGAAGAGAAUGAACUUGUGCCCCAAAGAACCGUGACUGGCCAUAGAGUCUGCAUCGAUUAUAGGAAGCUUAACGCCACCACCAGGAAAGACCACUUCCCUUUACCCUUCAUCGAUCAAAUGCUUGAAAGGGGAAUAGAAGUAGAUAAAGCUAAAGUUGAUCUUGUUCGCUACUUACCCUCCCCCACUUCUGUGAGAGAGGAGGUGACGUUUGAAUGGAAUGCGGACUGCCAAGUUGCGUUUGAACAAUUAAAGGAGCUUUUGACCUCUGCUCCUAUCAUGCUUCCUCCGGAUUGGUCCUUACCAUUUGAGCUCAUGUGUGAUGCUUCUGAUUAUGCAGUAGGCGCAGUGCUUGGCCAAAGAAAAGAGAAAAAGCCUUAUGCCAUCUACUACGCCUCUCGGACUUUGAAUGAUGCUCAAUUGAAUUAUUCGACUACAGAAAAAGAAUUAUUAGCUGUUGUUUUUGCUUUGGAUAAAUUUAGAUCUUAUUUACUUCAAACUAAAGUUGUUAUUUAUACUGAUCAUGCAGCUUUGAAGUAUUUACUCUCAAAGAAGGAAGCGAAACCGAGGCUAAUUCGAUGGAUUCUUCUUCUACAAGAAUUUGAUGUCGAAAUUAAGGACAAAAAGGGGAGUGAAAAUGUUGUUGCAGAUCAUUUGAGCCGCCUUGUACAUGGUGAGGACGCCAUACCUCUUAUGGAAACUUUUCCGGAUGAACAACUCUUCGGAAUUGAGGUAAGUGAACCUUGGUAUGCAGACAUAGUCAAUUUCUUAGUCACUAAAAAAAUUCCAAACACGCUGUCAAGCUCUAUGCAUGCAAAACUUAAAAAGAAUGCUAGGCAAUAUGUUUGGGAUGAUCCUUAUCUUUGGAAAUUUUGUGCGGAUGGUAUAAUUCGACGUUGCGUGCCUGAAAGGGAGUUUACUCAUAUCUUGACAUUUUGCCAUUCUGAAAAUUGUGGGGGUCAUUUUGGUUCUAAGAAAACUGCUCUUAAGGUGUUGGAAUCUGGUUUUUAUUGGCCUAGUUUAUUUAAGGAUGCUUAUGCUUUUCGUUUUCUUUAUAUUCUUCUCGCUGUGGAUUAUGUCUCAAAAUGGGUGGAAGCACAAGCCACCCGGACUAAUGAUUCCAAAGUUGUUGCAGAUUUUCUUCGAUCUAAUAUUUUCUCUAGGUUUGGAAUGCCUCGAGCAAUCAUAAGUGAUGGAGGAUCGCACUUCUGCAAUAGAUCAAUUGAAGCCUUGCUUAGAAAGUAUAAUGUGACGCACAAGGUGUCAACGCCAUAUCAUCCACAAACUAGUGGACAAGCAGAAGUGUCAAAUCGUGAAAUCAAGAAGAUUUUGGAGAAAACAGUUAGCCCCAGUCGCAAGGAUUGGAGUCAAAGGCUAGAUGAUGCCUUGUGGGCGUACCGGACAGCGUAUAAGACGCCAAUAGGAAUGAGUCCCUUUAGGUUGGUGUAUGGAAAAGCUUGCCAUCUACCCGUGGAAUUGGAACAUCGAGCUUGGUGGGCUGUGAAGAGCUUUAAUAUGGAUUUAGAUGACGCUGGGAUUCAUAGAAAGCUUCAAGUGAAUGAGUUGGAAGAACUACGUAAUGAUGCGUACGAGAGUUCCCGGAUUUAUAAAGAGAAAACUAAGGCCUUUCAUGACAAGAUGAUUCGUGGGAAAACAUUCAUAGCAGGCCAAAAAGUUUUAUUGUUUCACUCUCGUCUCAAACUCUUUCCCGGUAAGCUUCGCUCACGAUGGGUUGGUCCUUUUGUUGUUACUUACGUUUUUCCCCACGGAGCUGUGCAAAUUCGAAGUGAGCAAACAGGCCAUGAGUUCAAGGUGAAUGGCCAUCGAUUGAAGCCAUACUACGCAGCCUUUAAGGAGAGCAACGUAGAGGAAGAAGACCUUCAUGACACACCUCCUCUCAUAGAUUAA